AUGUGGUCGAAGAAGCCGCCAAAUUGCGCGGACGCCGCCCCGACGAGGGCGAUAGUCGCCCCCGAUGUCAUUAACUUCGCUGCAGCGGCCCUUGGGGCGGCCGCAGCGGGACUGGCGUCGAGGCUGCUGCUGACGACAAGCUGGGUGCCGCGCGGCGCGGCGUUGGGAAACGUGAUUGUUGAGGGUAGGAGAGGUGCCAAGGUCAAAUCGCAGGGACACUAUGCGUUCAAGCCCAAGAGGACGAUCCCCAAAAAGCUUGGUGCGAAGAGGACAGGAGACCAAUACGUGAUUCCCGGAAACAUACUUUACAGGCAACACGGUACGCACUGGUGGCCCGGCGAGAACUGCAUCAUGGGCCGUGACUUCACCAUCCACUCCAUGGCCUCCGGCUACGUCAAGUACUACCGCGACCCAGCCCUUCAUCCCGACCGCAAGUACAUUGGCGUCGUGUUCCGCAAGGAAGACACGCUGCCGUAUCCGAAGCACGCUGAGCGCAAGCGCCGGCUGGGCAUGGUAGCGGCGCCCAUGCGCGGAACCGCCCGCGAGCCGGAGCUCAGCAACUCUGGUAUCCCCAACGUCGUGCGUAGGGUUAACCCGGACCGGCCGCACGCCGAUCCCCAGGUCCUCACGCUCAAGAAGGACUAUACCUACCGCGAGGACAACUGGCGCAUCGGCCGCCUCGUCCAGACCACAGGCCUACAGAUCAAGGGUUACAAGAGCAGGAAGGCGUACCUCCGUCACAGGCGGUGGGCUCAGGACAGGAGCCUCGCCGGCCUGAAGAAAUUACGCGCCAAGAUGGAUGAGGAGGAUGCCAACGAAGAGUGGGUUGUUGCGGCUAGGGAGAAGGCCGCGCAGUUGCAGCAGAGCAAGAAGAAGGGCCACACUAAGGGCAAGAAGGGCAAGAAUCCCAAGAAGAGGUAA